CCCCGCUGAGCUACGACCAAGGCGAGCUUUCUUUUUCUUGAAUCGUGCCAUAGCCUUUCUUCUUUCUCUUUUUUUUAGAUCAUACACCGAGAAAAAGAAAUUAAUCACUUUUCAAUCAUGUCGGCUCCCGAGUCUCCCGAAUUUACCAAGGCCCUGGUCGAGGUCAAGCAGUUGACCAAGAAGCCUAGCAACGACGACCUUUUGCGCCUCUACGCUCUUUUCAAGAUUGGCAAGGGCUUCGAGUUCAAGAAGUCUGACGAGCCUUCACGGUUCUCCUUCGAGGCCCGCGCCAAGUGGAAGGCCUGGGAGGCCGCCUACGAGGAGGAGGGCAUCACCGACCCCGCCGAGGCCCAGAAGAAGUACGUCGAGCUGGUCGAGGAGCUCAAGGUCAAGUACGAGUUUGACGCCAACAAGACUCCCGAGUAAAUCGCCUUAAUAUCAUGAAUUUGGCGAAACAAGGGAUUCAUGCACGGCGGAUUUUCACACGGAAUCAAGACGCAACGUUGCUAGCGAAAGCACCUGCAGGAUAGAUUGCCAUAGAGCGUAAAGAAAUCAUGGAAUAAUCUUUUAAAAAACACAUGGAUAUUCUUUUCUUUUCUUUU